UAUCGGUCAUUUCUCCUCCCCUAAGCCCCAAUCCCACCUCCAAAUCAAAAUCAAUACAGUAAAGGAGAAUAAAGCUUCGAACACACUUUCGAAACUACACCGAGCUUCACCGGAAAACAGAUUGAUUUGUGAAAUCCAACAUUAGUACGAAAAAAUGGCAUUCAGAUCAAACCAAACAAUGAAAAGGGUACUGAAGAAAGUUGGAGAAGAUAACAUUGCAAAGGGUGUUAAAGAGUCUUUGAAGAAAAGCUUGCCAAAUAAUAAGGUAAUCAUGGGUCGUGCCAAGCGGGGACUGUUUGCCGGUCGCCAUAUUCAGUUUGGCAAUCAAAUUAGUGAAGAUGGUGGCAAUAAGACGCGAAGAAAUUGGAAGCCCAACGUUCAAGAGAAACGACUUUUCAGUUACAUUUUGGAUCGCCACAUUCGAGUUCACGUGACUACACAUGCUCUACGAUGCAUUGACAAAGCUGGUGGCAUUGACGAGUACCUGUUGAAGACACCAUACCAUAAAAUGGACACAGAGAUGGGCCUUCUUUGGAAAGCCAAAAUUGAAAAGAUGUACGAAGAGCUUGGGAAAAAGGAUGUUUCUUUCUUCUCUCCCGAAGAGGAAGCGAAGUUUGAGCAAAGUUUUAAGGAUAUGAGACUAGAUGAAAAAUCUGCAAGAAGAGAGUUUAGAAGACGGCUUUAUGGUUCAUCGGUGAAGCCUAGCUCAGCAAUUGAGGGAACACCAGAUCACCAGGUUGGUGAGUCUGAGGGAAACUCACAGUCAGAUCACGAGCAGAUGGAAGCAAGCGCUUAAGAUCGGACU